AUGACAAACACGUGCUUUAAGGUGUUUCCAUUGGUAACAGUUCUGUUGCUGUUUUGCCAUGCGCAGUGGUCCAAUGCGCAGACUGGUCCAUCAGGGUGCACAUAUUCUGAUGACGUAUUUACAUGUGACUACAGCACUAUGACGUCAUCAGAAAGGCCGAUUGAUUACAGCGGGUUUUCCAUUGCUCCACAGACGUUAAUUGUCAACAUCAACGGAUUUCUGCCAGACUCGUCGGACGGGCGCACGUUUUCUACUGGCUUCUCCGGAAUCGACACUUCUGGUUUCGAUGCCAACCUUCCGGCCGCGCUGACAAUUGACUGCGAAAGGGGUGGCAGCGCCUUCAUUUCUGCCGGAGCUAUUUAUGAUAUGGAUUAUGUGCAGAGAUUUACUGUCAGAAACUGUGAUAUUUUCAAUUUCGCAUCUGACACAGUUGAUGGGUUUGGACAGUUGGAUUAUUUCGCGAUCCAUGGGGGAAGCAUCACUUCAAUCGACGUCGGCGCGUUUGGUGGGUUGAGCGUGGAAAAACUCAACCAAACGUUCCCGCGACAACACGGACACUUCGAAAUCCAGUACUCCAAGUUUACCAGUGGCAGUUUGACUGUUGGUCUUCUGUAUGACUUUGCAGAACUCAACUCAGUUGCAAUAAGGGGCGGAAAUGUAUCAGCGAUAUCAGCCGACACAUUCCGAUACAACACGAAGUUGACCAUGAUAGACAUAAGCGACAAUACAUUCACCUCUCUCCCAUCCAGCGUUUUUGAUGGCCUUGACCUUUUGUCAGAUGUCAAGGUCUAUAAUAUUGACUGGGAAUGCACUUGUGACAACCUUGCUUGGCUGGCGUACACGUAUGCGGAAAAUAUUACGCUGUUUGGGGAUUUUGCCUGUGCCAAUGUUGAAGGCAUAGCUAUUGGAGAUUCUUGUCAAAAUGUUCUCGGAAUCAUCAUUCUUAGUAUCACGAUUAUCUCCCUUGGCUUGGUGAUGACUGCGCUUGCUCUCGCCAUCUUGACUGCCAGACAAGCGCCCGCAGGACCCGAUCAGGAGGCUGAACCUGUUGCUGAGAUUGACAAAGUUGAGGAUCUAAGCAAACCCGCUGGAAACAAGAACGCCGUAGUUGCUAAAGGAGCCCGAGGUGCUGUGCGAGCAGGCAAGGCACAAGACUAG